UUUUUUGCUUAGUUGCUUUUUGUGUUCUUGACGGACCGGUCGUCUUUCGCAUUCGUAUAUGUAUCUAAAGUGAAAACCCCGUUGCUAUAUUUACAUAUAUAUCAUAAGGCCUUAUUUUGAUUACGAUAUUCAGAAUAUUUCAUUAUUUGCGGUACUUUUUUAUGCGAGCUUUAUAUUAUAAGUACCCAAAGGCAAUUACCGACCAGCAAAAGCAGCACCAAUAGCAAUUCUUAAACGAUAUCGAAUAUUUAAGUAAUUUUAGUUUAUAAAUAUGACUUGGGGCUUUGUUACUUGUGGCCCGAAUGAGGCGUUAGUUGUGUCAGGAUGUUGCUAUAUGAAGCCUUUGUUGGUACCUGGUGGUCGCGCCUUUGUCUGGCCAUCGAUUCAACAAGUACAACGCAUUUCGUUGAACACGAUGACACUGCAGGUGGAAAGCCCAUGCGUAUACACCAGCCAAGGUGUGCCCAUCUCUGUGACUGGCAUUGCCCAGGUGAAGGUGCAAGGUCAAAAUGAGGAUAUGCUGUUGACCGCCUGCGAGCAGUUUCUAGGCAAAUCCGAGGCCGAAAUUAAUCAUAUUGCUCUGGUCACACUGGAGGGACAUCAACGGGCGAUUAUGGGGUCAAUGACCGUGGAGGAGAUUUAUAAGGAUCGCAAGAAGUUUAGCAAGCAGGUGUUUGAGGUAGCUUCGAGUGAUCUGGCAAAUAUGGGCAUUACAGUAGUCUCCUACACCAUUAAGGAUUUACGUGACGAAGAGGGCGACUCCAAGGGUUAUCUGAAAUCCUUGGGAAUGGCUCGCACAGCAGAGGUGAAGCGCGACGCUCGCAUAGGCGAGGCAGAGGCACGUGCUGAGGCCCAUAUCAAGGAGGCAAUUGCUGAGGAACAGCGCAUGGCUGCUCGUUUCCUUAACGACACUGACAUUGCCAAAGCACAACGCGACUUUGAACUGAAGCGUGCUGCCUACGAUCUGGAAGUGCAGACAAAGAAGGCCGAAGCUGAUAUGGCCUAUGAGCUGCAAGCGGCUAAGACCAAACAACGCAUCAAGGAGGAACAGAUGCAAGUGAAAGUCAUCGAGCGCACACAAGAGAUCGCAGUGCAGGAGCAGGAGAUUAUGCGACGUGAGAAAGAGCUGGAUGCAACUGUUCGCUGUCCGGCUGAGGCUGAGAAAUAUCGCCUUGAAAAAUUAGCCGAGGCCAACAAGCUGCGCGUCGUAAUGGAGGCAGAAGCUGAGGCUGAAUCGAUUAAGAUACGCGGCGAAGCUGAAGCAUUUGCUAUUGCAGCUAAGGCCAAGGCAGAAGCUGAGCAGAUGGCACAGAAGGCGGAUGCUUGGCGUGAAUACCGGGAAGCUGCCAUGGUGGAGAUGCUGCUGGAUACUCUGCCUAAAGUGGCUGCCGAGGUAGCUGCGCCCUUGUCGCAGGCUAGAAAGAUUACCAUGAUUUCAAGUGGCCAGGGCGAUAUUGGAGCCGCUAAGCUGACCGGUGAGGUGUUGCAGAUUGUCAACAAGGUGCCGGAGUUGGUGAAGAGCAUAACUGGCGUGGAUAUUGCCAGGUCUGUGCAUGCUGGCUAAAUGUCCGAUAACGAACUCUAAUCUCCAAUAAUACCACACCAAAAAAAAAAAAAAAAUA